AUUCCUGACCGAUAUUUUUUUUUCCGGUGACAGUAAAAUGUAGGUCUUCAGGGUCAUUCAAUUAAAGAGCCAAAUGAAAUGGAGGGGAAUAAAGAUGAACGCCACCAGUUGAAUGGGCCUAAUGACCAUCAGCGGCGGAGUUUAGAGUCUCAUCAGCGCCAGUCUGAGCGACCAAUCACAGCGCUCCCCCACCGGCGGACCUCCGCGAGGCCAGUCGCAGUUAGGCGGUGUAACCUAUCUCGCUUGGAAAUUAUGAAGGGAGCCAGCUUCAGUCGACUCUAGAUGGAGAAAAGUUAAAUUCGGGCAUUUUUUCACUAUCAUUUUGAGAAUUACCGCGCGUUCUGCAGGAUAGUUGCACAGUAACUUGCGUUGUGCAAACAAACGGAAUUUUCCGAUAUUAGAUGAAUGUCACAUGUAUCAGAAAAUCUCUGAACAUCUCGUCAGGCUCUCUCUUUGUCUUUAUCUCUCGUGCUCGCGUUUUUUUUUCUUUCCCCGCUUUCGGCCGCAAUGAUGGAUUAUCAAUGAUGGAGCAGCGCAAGUGAAAAGCAAAAUUAAAAACAGGUGGCAGAUCCAGCAACAGUUCAAGCUGUCCUGAUCAUCCUCUGCCACAAUAACAGGCUGCCAUCUGAGAGACGCGGAGAUACAGUGCGCAGGCUCUCCCAGCGCUCCUCUCCAGCAUCAAACCCCAGAGCAACGCACAGCGGACACUCCAGGUUUGUCGAAAAACCCCCCUGAAGAGAAAAUCUGGAAAUCACGCAGAACAUUUAGAGGCGCCAGAAGAACAUUUCUGGAACAUUAGUCAGUGGGAGAACUGCUGUCUUUGUGUCUCUCUGUUUUUUUCUCCCUCUGCUGAACUCUCCUCAGAAGGUCAGAGGAGCAUGUAACUGAAACAAGUGGAGCCCUCGGUGAUUUCAGCAUUCUGUCUCCCCCAUCUGUGCCUACAUUCUCCGCCACAGAUAGGGACGUUUUUGAUAAUUACAUAUAAUUAUAAUUUCUGUGGGAGACAGAUCUGCCUCUGUCUAUUAUUGCCAACACCUCCAACACAAUAACUUCACACAUUUACAUAUUUCUCAACAAAAGUGAUAUUCUUUGAACCUCGGGAGACAAAUCAGAAAUAAUUUUACUUGGAGAGACAUGUCACAUGGAGACGCAAUGUGCCAUUCACUUCAUAUCUAAUUAGUGAUAUGGUUUGAAUGACACGGGUAACUUUUUGUGCCUAAAAAGCUGAAUAGCGAGCAUUUAAAAAAUCUGUGACGUUUGCCUCAUUUUCUAAUGUGUGUUUGCAGGCUGGGAGCCUUGGUUUAUGCUUACUCCUAAUUUUCAGCUGUUACAGUCUUCUAGCACUUAAGCUCCCUCAUUAUCACCCUCCCGGCCCAAUCACACUCACAGUGCGUGCCAGGCGAGUACGGAUGCACAUUAAUCCAAGCAUAGAAAAGAUUGAGAUAAAGUACACAGUGUAUCUAUAGAUGUGACGAGUGCCUCGAACAAGUUAACAUGGAGAUGCGUUCCUGCAGGCGUCAUUAAUAGACGGUUUUUAUUAGUGGUGCAGCCUGAUUUGAUUGUUUACAAUGCAUACAAACACAUGAGAAUUAUAGAUUUCGUACAUUUUUUCACAAAAGAGUUAAAUAAGUGCCAAUUCUGAAUGUACGCAGUGCCGUCCAGGAAUCAGCAAAACAGAUUAAGCUGUUUACAUUUGAUAAAACACUACGACUAGACUAUUGUCCAAGUGCCAUGACAAGCACAGGAAUGUACAGCACUGCCAUAUUUUAUUGAAAAUCCUUUCUACAAAUUUUUACUGGCCUUUGUGGUUACAAAAAUUAAUUCCAUCCAGCAGUACGUCAGAUUUUUGUCCUUUUGUUCAGUGCACAGUGUAGAACAAGGCAUUAAGGACUAAAAGCAUGAAGAUUGUUGUUUUCAGUUUGUCCUUUUUACAAAGCUGCCUCCAUUUUAGUGUUCUACACUUGAGAGGGCAAAAGAUGAAGUCAUUACACAUUCAGAGUUGCUUUCUAGCAGCAAACUAAAACCAUUUUAAUACCAUUAUCGACAAUUAUUGAAACCUACCAAUUGUUUUUGAUAGUGUUAGUCCUUCUCAUUUGUGCGGUUCCCGACCUUUUCUAAUAUUACACCAUAUAAACGCUCAGUUUCUGACAAAACAAAAAAGCAGGCUUUGAAUUUUCCUCGUCCAACAUUGCUGAAUGAAACUGCUGAUACAUCAUCAAUAUCCAGUAGGUUGUACAUGCUACUUAAAUAUUUCACAUGCCAUUUUAGUGGGUUAAACUGCAAAAGCGGAUACAGUGUUGUAACUGCAUUGACUCAACAACAGAAAAUAGAUCUCUUAGUCAUGUAAAAAUGACGCCCACCGCCAAUCUCCGAGUCCUCGCUGUCUCCCUGCUCUCCCUCCUUACUGCCCCGCUCACCACUGUUGCCGAGACCUCUCCGUCCCCCCCUCCUCAGCACAUAGACCGCUCAGGGAGGCCUUUCACUGAGCAGCCCAAGAUCGGCCCCAGCCCGUCUCUGCUGCUCCUCGCCAUGCAGGCCAACAUUAGGCCAGCUGCUCUCCAAGGCAGGACCAAAACCCCAGAGAAACUUCCAGAAACCUCAGAGGGAGUUCUGGAGGCGCCUCCAAGACCCCUUCCCCAGAUCAUGUUCCCCAAGAAUGUGACUUCAUCAGAUGCUCUUGCACCUCCCUUAGGUGCCGCCCAGGUAGCGCCCAUUCGACCCCGCAUCAUAGACAUAUGGAUGGAUGUAUGUCGGGGUUAUUACGACGUAAUGGGACACUUUGACAGCGCUUUCAACUGCUCCAAGGACACCUUCGUGUAUUGCUGUGGAACCUGCCACUACCGCUUCUGCUGCCCAGAGCGAAGCCGGCAACUGGAGCAGGACAGCUGUAAAAACUAUGACUCUCCAGACUGGGCCAAGCCGCAGACAGACGCCAUGAUGCUACCAGAGGAACUAGGUCCCGACCCAGACUUUGAUCCACUGAAGCAGCAGAGCCACAACACAGGCUUCGUCAUCGGGGGCGUGAUCGUGUUCAUGGUGGCUGUCGCUGUGGGCAUUAAGGUGGUCUUCAACAAGGUGCAACAAGAAGCCAACCAACGGGACCUCAACAUGCCCAGAGCCCUGGUUGACAUGUUGCGGCACCAGUCGAGUCCAGUCCAGCAGGAUGAGAGGAACAACAGCGUGGCUCUGGCUGUAGGGGAUGGAACAGGGACGCUGGGGAGACCUCCAAAAAAUCUGUAUGCCCCAGGACUGCCCAGCAAGGACAACAGAUUGGGCAAUCUGCAGCACAAUUUCAUCCACUCAUCAGGCACCAGCCCCAAACACACGGCGACUAUCGAGCGCACCCCUCGGAUGAACAAUGCUCAGCUGGCAGCUGGAGGCACCCUGCUUUCCAGUAAACACAACAACACCAAAUCCCAGCCUUCCUUCCAUCACUCCCUGCACAACCUGGCUCAGCUGCCGCCCUCCUAUGAGAGCGCCACCAAGCCUGAGCUCAACAGAUACUCCUCGCUCAAACGCCUCGAGAAAGGUCUUGAUGAGUACUCGUCUGGUUACUGCACCACCAAGCGCCGGCCCCACACAGCCCAGCCGGCCCUCCAGUCCUCUCAGCACCACCUCCACUGGGGUGGAGACUACACCCUCAGUGGGAGAGGAACCCUCCCGAGGCACGCAGUCCGUCCCUGGAUCCCUCCGCCACCUUCUGGCAUGCCGGCCUCACCCACCCCCAAUCCGUACCCUCUGGAUCCUCCAGAGCCCCAGUACAACCAGUACGACACUCUCUCCAAGCCGGCGAGGAAAGUGAAGUCCACCGACCAGCUGCUCAACAUGGGUGACGUCCCUGGCAACACUGGGACCCUGUCCAGGUUGUCCAAGAACCAGCAGCACCAGUACUACAAAGCCAUGGCUGCCUCCAAUAAGAACUCCAACACGCAGACGCUCACCAGGAAGACCCAGGACAGGAGGGGGGACAGGGGGGGAAGGGAGGACAGGCAGGAGAGACAGGAGAGACAGGAUCGGCUGCUCAUGUCCCCAGACCACUUGGAGGAGAGGAUGGGCGGGAUGGGGGUCGUAGAUCCGUACGCCCACACGGGAGGCAUCGUCCCCACGCUGCCUCGCCAGCAGAAGGCCCAGUCCCAGCAGAACGUCUGCGCCACGCCCUCCCUCGACCGGCACCACAUGAUCAAGAUGAACUCUCACCCCACGUCCGGACGGGAGCAGGAGAGGAACACGGCCAUGACGGGGCACAUGAGCGGGGGCAUGGGCUGGGCGGGGGAGAUGCCCGGGCAAGGGGUCGUCAUGGGAACGGGAACACUAGGGGGCCACAGCGCCAGGAGGAUGGCUUUUGCAGCGAAAAGGCAGAACACCAUCGAGCAGCUACAUUUCAUACCGGGAGGUGGCGGCAGCGGCGGGGGGUCGGCAGGAAGUGGAGGAGGAGGAGGGAGUCAGGGGAUCAGGACGGGGAGUAAAAAUGAGGUGACAGUGUGAGGUUUGUGCCUAAUGUAGAGUUUAGCCCUCAUCAACGGUGUGGGAGUAGAUCACCCUACUGCAUUUAACUAUUAGAUAUACGACUACAAGAAAUAAACCUAGCAGUGUAAAGUAUAGUGACAGUGCUUAGGCUAUUCAAAUUAGUGUUAUCUUGUAAUUAAAUAACUUCAGUAUAAUUAAAAAUCUAGGUGAGGAAUAUUUGUUCCAAUUAUGUGAUAGCCUACAUCAGCCAUAUUUUGUAAUAAGAUUUGCCAUAUUGCCAUAUAUACAGUGGUGCCAUUAUUUGUAGAAAGACUGACUGGGAGGGGGUGAAACAAAACAACAGAAGUGUCGUUCAUAAUUUUGUUUCUAUAUAUGUUUUUCAAAAAGUACUCA